AUGCGACCAUCUGUAGCACCUGAGGACCAUGGGGCUAUUAUCUUGACCGCGGACCGCAGUGCGACGCGCGAAACCGUGACGCCAUCCGGUCCAUCAAUCGCAGCAUCGAAUCCAGCAAAGGAUACCCAAGUUGGCUGUCAUUCCCCUCAACGCGGUAGUUCCUCUGACAACCUCAAGCUCCCUCAACUUAACUCCGCUUCCCAAAAUUCAUGGGUUGUUCAAGCACAAACGCACUCCAUCCUCAUAUUUUCCGCAAUUUGGGGUCUCCUGACCAGACUCGGCGUCACUGCAAUUGGGAAUUUCCACGGUCAAAAUGUCUUCAGUUUAUUGCUGGUUCAAGUCGUAGGCUGUCUCAUUAUGGGUACAUCAGUAGCCCUUCAAGCUAGAUUGGGUAAAAUUCAUUCGUUGUUAUACUUCGGGAUCACCACAGGCUUUUGCGGCUCAGUCACUACGUUCAGCAGCUGGAUGUUGCAAGUUUUCCAGACUUUCAGCAACACUUCUAAGUUCUCGCGUGGCAGGUUUAGUGAUUUCUUAGAUGGGCUCAAUCUAACGCACGUCACGAUUGGACAGUGUCUCUUUGCCUUGCAAACUGGACUUUUUCUCGGGCAUAUCAUUGAAAACGUUAUCACCACCAGAACACAUCGACUUGGCCUCAAUACCUCAAUCCGCUCCUCGAGACGCGAUACAAGUGCCUACUGGAAGAUACCCACGAUUUUCAUCAUUCUGGCUGGUCCUUUGACCUGGUUAGGAUCAGUUUUCCUUUUUAUUUGGGGACCGAUCCGAUGGCGGGGACCCAUGACAUACAGCAUGAUAAUCGCUCCAACAGGGACGGUGCUGCGGUAUUAUUUCGCCAAGCUGAACGCCCGAGAACUCUCGAUUAACAACACGUUUCCAGCGGGCACCUAUCUGGCUAACGUGGUUGCUACAGGUCUACUAGCCCUAUUCUCUGCUUUACAAUAUACAUCUGCUGCCCGAACCAAUCCAGAAUAUUGCGCAAGCUUGCAGGGAUUGAGAGACGGGUUCUGUGGAUGUCUUAGCACAAUCAGUACCUUCUUUUUAGAACUACAUCGUGCCGGUCCCAAUUAUAAAAACUUCCGUUAUGCCCUCACCAGUUGGCUAUCAGGUCAACUUCUUUGCCUCAUGAUCUUUGGCAUUUACUUUUGGACUCGUGACCCCCAAGAACGUUGCAUCUUCCCUUCAUGA